CUGAGGCUGGUGAACGUCUCACGCUUCCAUCUCAAAAAAAGUUGAACGGCCGACAAGAGGCAGAGAGGUCUAGCAACCGCGUGUGGAUCGAGUGUGCAGGCAGUCAAUCAUGUCUGGCAGGAGAAAAUUGGCGCGGCAGGCAGGAAGAGGGACUGCUCCUCGCCCGGCUGCUUCUUCUAGCGUGGCUGGGGGUCGCAAAGCGCCAAAGCGGAAAUCGCAAAAUAAGUCGCAGUAUCGUGCGCAGAAUGCAUUCAAUCUCGCAGCGCAAGGCGAUGAUGAUGGCGAAGAAGGCGAUUCAGAUCAAGGGCAAGUGAAGGAAGACGAUGACGAGGAAAUUGAUUCUGACGAUGCAUUUGAGUCUGGCGAUGAAGAGCGCUUCAGUUCAUUCAAAUUCACGGGAUCUCUCAAGAAGAAUGGAACGCCCAAGUCUGUACUCGACAAGAAGCUCCAGAAGGAGGUGGGAGCAAAAGAAAGUAAAUCAAAGAAGGUCACUUUUGCGCGGCGGGAAAUUGAUUUGAAUGAAGACUCGGACGAUGCGCUUGAGGCUGCAUCUGACGAGAGCGAGUCUGAGGACGAUGACGGGGGAGUCUCUGCGUCAAAGCAUGAUGCAGAAGAAUCAGCCUCUGACUUUGAAGAAGAUGAUGGACAAGACCUCAUGGAUCUAUCAGAGAUGCUGGGUGGGCCAAAGGAGAAAGCAACGGAAUCUGACACAGAGGAGGACACGGCACCUAGCGGUCCCGAUCUGGAUGAGAUUCCCUACAAAUCAAUGCCAGACUCCGAAGACUCUGAAAUGGACUCGGCCGACAUCCUCAGUGAAAGUCCAAGCGACGAAGAAGGCAACGAGGAUGCUCUCGAACGCUUCAUCCAACAACUCGAUGCCCGCAAACGACAGAAUGAAGACACGGAGACACCCAAGAAGCGCGUCAAGCGUGAUUUGACCGAGGUCAAUGAAGCCAACACCGCUUCAGAGCACAAUGCAACCACCACCAAUAAGCUGACAAUGGAUGAUUUAUUGGCUGGUAUGAGCGACAAGCAGGCAGCUGUACUUGGAAAGGGUGAAACACUUCAAGCACCCCUUGCUAAACCCAUCCAAGAUCGCAUUGAUCGCUCAGCUGCAUAUGACACGGUCAAGGAUCAAAUUACACAGUGGCAACCUGCAGUUCGGCAAUUACGUGAAGCACCAGUUCUCAAGUUUCCUCUCCAAGAGCCAGCAAAGCCCGUCAGCAGCACCAAUACGCUCGCAGCAGAGUUCAAGCCAUCCAAUAAUCUGGAGCAUGAAAUCGACUCCAUCCUCAAGGAGAGUGGUAUGCGCUCCGAGAAGCAAGUGGCUGCGUUUGAAGACUUGGCCAUGGCAUCCUUGUCGGUUGAAGAAGUGGCUGCUCGACGUGCUGAGCUUGCCAUUAUGCGAGACUUGAUGUUUCGACAGGAAAUUAAGGCGAAGCGACAGUCCAAGAUCAAGUCAAAAUCAUAUCGUCGCAUACAGCGUAAGGAAAGGGAGAAGCUUGCUGCUGCGCAAGAGCCAGAUGGGCGACAAGUGGAGGAGGAGAGGGCUAGAGAACGGAUGGAGUUGCGGCAUCGCAACACAGGUGCUUGGGCGCAGAAGAUGCUCGGUCGUGCACAUCAUGGUGAAGGCAGUCGACAGGCCAUCACUGAACGUCUCCAACGUGGAGAGGAUCUCGAGCGCAAGAUUCGUGGGGACGAUGAGGAUGUCUCUGAAGAAGACCAAGCUGACGAUGCGGAAGAAGAAGCGUUGCCGAACAAGGGUGUCUUUGCAAUGAAAUUCAUGCGCGAUGCAGAUGCUCGCGAAGCACGAGAUUUGGACGCAGAGGACGAAGAAGAGGUCGAGGGUCUGAUUGAAAGAAAUGCUGGUCGUCGGCGUUUUGCUCCUGCUGCUCAGGCAACACCAGAAGAGCCGCAGGAAGCGGUAUCAGACAACGAUCCUGACGCGUCUGCGAGACUAAAUAUGGUCGAGAGACGCAGCAAGCCAACGCCAUCGUCCCGCGAAUUGCCAGAUCCUGAAGCGGAUGAUGAUGAGAACCCCUGGCUCACAGCAACGCCUCGCAGAGACAAGUCACAUGUCAGUGCAAAGGAUGACGACGCAUCUCACAAGUUUGCAGUCAAGCUGGCCAAGGCCAAAAAGGCAACCAAAGCACCCAAGCAUGCUGGCAAUAUGAAGCCAGCGCUGGACAUGACAAAAGUCUUGACCAUUGCAGAUGACGCGCAGCCUGCAUUACAGCAAGAUCUCGUUGCACAGGCCUUUGCCGGUGAUGAUGUUGUUGCUGAGUUUGCUGCUGAAAAAGAAGCUGCAGAGCAAGCAGAUGCGCCGCAAGAAAUUGACGAGACGUUGCCUGGGUGGGGAUCAUGGACAGGCGCUGACAUUAAGCGAAAGCCCAAGAAGCGCUUUAUUCGCAAAGUGGAAGGACUGGAUGUGGAGGCACGCAAGGACAAAGGGUUGGCGCAUGUCGUGAUCAAUGAGAAGCGCAUGAAAUUGGCUAAACCACUCAUGACGGCUGCAGUGCCCUUCCCGUACGCAACAAAGGAGCAGUACGAGCGGUCUUUGCAGAUGCCGUUGGGUAAGGAGUGGGCUACGAGGAGUACCUUCCAGCGCACAACGAUGCCCAAGGUGGUCGUCAAGCAGGGAGCUGUUAUUGCCCCGAUGCAACGGCCUUUUGCAUAGAAAACAAGCUCAAGUGAUGAGAGUAGCUCAGUAUUCAG